GCCACCGCCACCGCCAAAGGCCCGGUGGCCGCCCCUGGCCCCGCCAUUACCCCCUGGAGGGUCGCCAUCAAUCCCGCGAUUGGUGAUUGCUUUCCGAAUCCUGCCGAAUCCUUGCAUUUUUCAGUUGAGAAAAAAUGACCGCCAUCAAGCACGCCUUGCAGAGGGAUAUUUUUACCCCCAAUGAUGAACGUUUACUGAGCAUCGUGAAUGUCUGCAAAGCUGGCAAGAAGAAGAAAAACUGCUUUUUAUGUGCGACAGUGACGACCGAGCGUCCGGUGCAGGUGAACGUGGUGAAGGUGAAGAAAUCAGACAAGGGCGACUUUUACAAGAGGCAGAUCGCGUGGGCCCUCAGGGACCUGGCCGUGGUGGAUGCCAAAGAUGCCGUCAAAGAGAACCCCGAAUUUGAUUUGCAUUUUGAAAAAGUCUACAGGUGGGUGGCCAGCAGCACGGCCGAAAAGAACGCCUUCAUUUCGUGCAUCUGGAAGCUGAACCAGCGGUAUCUCCGGAAGAAAAUCGAUUUUGUCAGCGUCAGCUCCCAGCUCUUGGAAGAACUGCCUAAAGUUACAGAAGAAUCCGUUCCCAGCGGCGAGAAUCAGAGUGUGGCCGGAGGGGAUGAAGAAGCGGUCGACGAGUACCAGGAGCUGAAUGCCAGGGAAGAGCAAGACAUCGAAAUCAUGAUGGAAGGAUGCGAGUACGCCAUCUCCAACGCCGAAGCUUUUGCAGAGAAGUUAUCCAGGGAGCUGCAGGUGCUCGACGGGGCAAACAUCCAGUCCAUCAUGGCCUCCGAGAAGCAGGUGAACAUCUUGAUGAAGCUCCUGGACGAGGCGCUGAAGGAGGUGGACCAGAUCGAACUGAAGCUCAGCAGCUACGAGGAGAUGCUUCAGAGCGUCAAGGAGCAGAUGGACCAGAUCUCCCAAAGCAACCACUUAAUUCACCUCAGCAACACUAAUAACGUGAAGCUCUUAUCCGAGAUCGAGUUCCUCGUGAACCAUCUGGAUUUGGCCAAAGGUCACAUAAAAGCCCUGCAAGAGGGAGACCUCGCCUCGUCCCGGGGCAUCGAGGCCUGCACCAAUGCAGCCGACGCGCUCCUGCAGUGUAUGAACGUGGCCCUUCGACCAGGUCACAACAUGCUCCACGCCGUCAAACAGCAGCAGCAGCGGUUCGGCGACCUGCGGGAACAGUUCUCCCGGAGACUGGCCAGCCACCUGAACAACGUUUUCGUCCAACAGGGCCACGACCAGAGUUCCACUCUGGCCCAGCACUCCAUCGACCUGACCUUACCCAACCACCACCCGUUCCACAGAGACCUACUGCGCUACUCCAAGCUGAUGGAGUGGUUGAAGAGUACCGAUUUCGGGAAAUACGAAGGCCUCACCAAGAAUUACAUGGAUUAUUUAUCCCGGCUAUACGAAAGAGAAAUUAAAGAAUUCUUUGAGGUGGCGAAGAUCAAGAUGACGGGCACCACCAAAGAAAGCAAGAAGUUUGCCACCCUGCCUCGAAAAGAAAGUGCUGUCAAACAAGAAACAGAGAGUCUCCACGGAAGCUCUGGGAAGUUGACCGGAUCCACUUCCAGCCUCAAUAAACUGUCGGUUCAGAGUUCCGGGAACCGCCGAUCUCAGUCUUCCUCCCUGUUGGAUAUGGGAAACAUGUCCGCCUCCGAUCUCGACGUCGCCGACCGGACCAAAUUCGAUAAGAUCUUUGAACAGGUCCUAAGUGAACUGGAGCCCCUGUGUCUGGCCGAGCAAGACUUCAUCAGUAAAUUUUUCAAACUGCAGCAGCACCAGAGCAUGCCUGGCCCGGCAGCGGCAGAUGCAGAAGAAAUGGAUGGAGGAGUAUUCUCUCGCUCGCACAAUCCCAGUGCCCUGCAGACUGUGUCGUCCGAGAAAGACGUGAUCCGCCUGAUGAUGAUCAAGAUCUUCCGCUGCGUCGAACCCGAGCUGAACAACCUGAUCGCCCUGGGGGACAAGAUCGACAGCUUCAACUCACUGUACAUGCUGGUGAAGAUAAGUCACCACGUGUGGACGGCUCAGAACGUGGACCCCGCCUCCUUCCUCAGCACCACCCUGGGGAACGUCCUGGUGACCGUCAAAAGGAACUUCGACAAGUGCAUCAGCAACCAAAUCAGACAGAUGGAGGAAGUCAAGAUCUCGAAGAAGAGCAAGGUGGGCAUCCUCCUGUUCGUGGCCGAAUUUGAGGAGUUCGCCGGGCUCGCCGAAUCCAUCUUCAGAAAUGCGGAGCGCCGGGGAGACCUGGACAAAGCCUACAUAAAGCUCAUCAGAGGAGUCUUUAACAACGUGGAGAAGGUGGCCAACGAAAGCCAGAAGACCCCCCGGGACGUGGUGAUGAUGGAGAACUUUCACCAUAUUUUCGCCACCCUCUCUCGUCUGAAAAUCUCGUGCUUGGAAGCCGAGAAAAGAGAAGCCAAGCAGAAAUACACAGACCACCUUCAGUCUUAUGUCAUUUAUUCUCUAGGGCAGCCCCUGGAAAAACUCAAUCAUUUCUUCGAGGGAGUCGAGGCCCGUGUGGCCCAAGGCAUAAGGGAGGAGGAAGUAAGUUAUCAACUCGCCUUUAAUAAACAAGAACUCCGUAAAGUUAUUAAAGAGUACCCUGGCAAAGAAGUGAAGAAGGGCCUGGAUAAUCUCUACAAGAAGGUGGAUAAGCAUCUUUGCGAAGAGGAGAAUUUGCUUCAGGUGGUGUGGCACUCCAUGCAAGACGAGUUCAUCCGCCAGUACAAGCACUUCGAGGGGCUGAUAGGCCGCUGCUACCCCGGCUCCGGGGUCACGAUGGAGUUCACCAUCCAGGACAUCUUAGACUACUGCUCCAGCAUCGCCCAGUCUCACUGAGCGCUCCAGAGGGGAAGGAGAUAAGCUCCGGGGGCCGGGUGCGAGGGGAGGGGAGGGCCUUUUGGGAAUACCAGCCCAGACAGACCGCGGGACUCGCUUCAGCCGUCUUGGAGGGGCAACAGUGGGUGGGCGUCCUUGAGGGUCACCCUCAGCCUCCUCCUCACCCGGGCAACAUCCUCAACCGCCAACCUAAAGCAUUAACCCUCCGCCACUCUCCGUAACACUCCAUGGGCAAGAGACGCGCUCGGACGACUCCCUUCCGGAUUCUUCCGAGUUGCAAUCCUGCUCUUCUGCCUACACUAAUCCCUCUGUCCCGUCCCCCCAGCUUCUUGGAAAUCACGUAAACUUUAAAAAUCACGGGCCGGGUUUUCUUUCCUCUCCGCCGCGUCCAGCUGGAAAAAUCCCCAGCCGGGCGUUGGGCAGGAGAAAUGUCCCCACCUUGGGCGGGGGUUGGAGAAUUCGGGGACCGAAACCGGGAAAACGGGCUAAUCAGAAGUCAUGGAAUUUUCAAAAGCCCGACCAGUUGGGUUCUUGCAGAAUUCGAUUAAAGGUUAUUUAUUGGGUAA